CACCGCUCAUACACAAGUCCAUCCUCUCAUGGCGUGGUGGUGUGGAAGUGCUGACCGGAGGUGGAGGAUCGCAGUGUUCGCCUGGCUCUUGACUUGUCAUCUCAGCGUACGUUUGCAGGUGAUCUCCGGCUUAGAACCGUUUGACACGCCUUCACCCACUAGAAAGGCUUGGCAAGUGAGUUCGCAAGGUAGGUUCAGCAAUACUCGAGGUAGGAAGAGCUAUGGGACUCUGCGAAAGACUGGCUAUCGCGAAGUUUACAUUGAUCGGAAGACAUUCCAAGCCCACCGCAUCGUUGCAGUUGAAUUCCUUGGACCUCCACCAAGCAAUACAGCACAGGUGCAUCAUAAGGAUGGGAACUGCAGCAACAAUCACAAAGACAACUUGGAGUGGGUCACGCCUUCUCAAAAUGUGCGCAUCUCCUUUGACAAUCCCUCAAGGGGCACUGCCGGACCUGCUACUUCAAAGCCGGUGAUUGUAAGAAAUUUAACGUCUCAGCAGCGCAGAUGCUUUUCUUCUGCCAAGGAGGCAUCAGAAAAGCUGGGCAUGAAUCACAGGACACUGAUGGCACGCUGUCAAAGGGAGACUCAGCUUGGGUGCUUGCAGUUCAAGUAUAUGAAGGCUGAGAAUCAGAUGCUGGAAGGGGAGAAGUGGAAACCAAUGAUACACCCCGGAUCAGGAAAACCUUUGCCAGGCAGAUUUGUGAGCUCCCUGGGUCGCAUCAAGAGGAAAGAUGGACGAAUCUCCAAGGGACACCGAAGGAGAGAUGGAUACUGCUAUUUUCAGCCGUUUCAUGACUGCACCAUCCGUGUUCACCGUUUGGUGGCGCGCGCAUUCCUGGGGCCACCUCCAAGUCCAGAGCACGAGGUGAACCACAAGGACCUUGACCGGGGCAACAAUGCCGUGGAUAACCUGGAGUAUGUUACCCAUAGUGAGAACCUGGCACACUGCUUCAAAAGCAUGAAGGGCCCACAUCCACUGUCAGUCCCAAUUGAAAGCCGAGCUCAUGGGAGCAGUGAGGAGUGGAGGACCCAUGCUUCCAUUAGAUUUGCGGCCCGGGACUUGGGAUUGCACGCAGCAGCGGUUCAGAUGUGUGUUCGAGGCAAGCGCAGACAGACAGGUGGCUACGAGUUCCGCGUUGCAGAGACAGAAGAGGUGAUGGUGGACACACUCCCGGGGGAGGAGUGGCGGGACAUAAAUGUGACAGGGAACAUUGCCAUCCACCUCAUCCGCUCUAGCGUGGCCUGAGCUUGCGGAGCUCAACUGCACAACCUGGCGGAAAUCCAGAUGGACGAGAUGAGAGCAUCUGCUUGAGCACAACUUUUGCCGCUGCAAAUUUGAUCAUCAGCUGGGAACAUUGGAAAGCCUGUUUGAGGGCAGUUUAAGUCCACGCCAGAAUCAUUUUGUGUACAGAUUGUACAGUAGUCUGUUGCGCUUUGUAUUUUUAUCUUAGAUUCUCUUGGAUGCCUCUAUGUCAGGAACUCGUCCAUAAUGAGCAUGGUGCGGUCUGCGGA